GUCUUAAUACGCCCUCGUGCGCACCCUCAAAUCAUCCUGCAAGACCACUCCCAGCAGGACAGCAAUGUACUCACUUCUCGCGACGCUCGUCGCGCUCUCCUCCCUCUUCACCUCCUCACAAGCACUAUACUUCUACCUCGACGGCACGUCCCCGAAAUGCUUCUACGAGGAUCUCCCUAAGGACACGCUGGUCGUCGGAACCUACAAAGCCGAAGCCUACUCCCCUCAAACCCAAUCCUUCCACACCACGCCCGACCUAUCCAUCCAAGUAACCGUCGAGGAGGUGUUCGACAACGACCAUCGCGUGGUCACGCAGACCACCACAUCUUCCGACACUUACUCAAAAUUCACCUUUACCGCCGCCGACCCGGGCCUGCACAGACUAUGCUUCACGCCGUCCGGCCCUGCGGCCAUCAGCGUGGGAGGCUGGUUCUCCAACGCUGGCGCGACGAUGGGCGGCGUCAAGCUGACUGUCGACAUGGCCAUCGGUGCGACCUCCAGGAUCGAGUCCGAGGACAAGUCCAAGAUCGACAACAUCGUGAGCAAAGUCAAGGAACUUAAUGGGCGAUUGACAGAUAUCAGAAGGGAGCAGGUUUUCCAAAGAGAACGAGAAGCCGAAUUCCGUGAUCAGAGCGAGGCCACAAACGCAAAGAUUGUGCGGUGGACAUUGAUUCAAUUGGGUGUGCUAGGCGUCACAUGUGCAUGGCAGUUGUCGCAUCUGAGGGCGUUCUUCAUCAAGCAAAAGUUGACAUAGAAGAUGGAAGUGCAAAAAGUUUGACCAUGCCCAUUCCAAUGACUCUGGCCUUAUGAAAAUGGUUGUCUGCAGGGCUUAUGGCUCGCCCCAGGCCUCAAUCUACAAAGAAUGUGGAACUUCUGUGAUCCAUUUGCCAGGGACUGAAAACGCCGCGCUAUGCUGAUCUGCUAUGCUACCAUUCUUCUGCACAGGAUCUCAGUCUUCCCAUACAGGCCGAAAACGCAAAACGCCAGAGUACAUAUAGGAACAAGGGAAAGAAAUCAUCUAAUCAUGAAUAUAAUGCAUCAAUACCCU